GCUUACACAGGGGCAUCACGUGAUACAGGCACGCGGCUGGAAGAGCAAAGUGCCAGACAUUUGUGUAAUGUGCUGGUUUCAGCUUGCUGUUGAACCUUUUUGGAAUUACGAUAUAUAAUGCAGUUUAACAAACGAAUAUUUUGAUGGCAUGUUAUAUAAUGAUAAUGUCUGCUGACUGGUUAGCCUGCAACGAACACGUGGACAUUGUUGUUGUUAGCCUUGUAGCUAGCUGUCAUUCAUAGGCGACGAAACGGUUAGAUCGCACUUAUUCUGGUAAUGAAACUAAGAGUACCUUGUUUGGCUCACAAAUUGAAUCAAAAGAUGAUUGUUUUCUCAACAUGACAAGUGAACGUAGAUCCCAGAAAGACUGGUAUUCUAUACUUGAAUCCAGUCCAUCGGAUAUGCUACAAGACCUCAAACAGAAGUACCAAAGACUGGCCUUAAUGUAUCACCCCGACAAGCAGGGCCCAGAUGUGACUGUGACUGAGGCAGAGGAGCACUUACACAGGUUCAUUGAGGUCGAUCAGGCUUGGAAGGUUCUGAGCAACCAGGAGACCAAGAGAGCCUACGAUCUGCAGUUACGUGCCAGCGAACUGAAUCAGAGUUGGCCAGUCGACGCCCAUGUCAGUCUGGACGACAUGACUUGGGAUGAUGAUAACGAGGUGUACACGUAUGGCUGUCGCUGUGGAGGGGAAUUCUCCAUUGGAAGAGAGGAGGCGGAGGGAGAAGAGGCCAUUGUGUGCUGUGAUACCUGUUCACUCAGCAUAGAAGUCAAGACGACAACCUGACUGUCUCAUUGUUCGCCAGACGCCUCUAAAUCCUGAAGAGCUAGAUCAAGGAGGUUCAUAGUUUUCUUUUAAUCUACAUCCACCCAACAUGUGUCCACAUUUGAACCUUUUUAAAUGGGCACCCCCAUGGGACCGUGUGCACUUGUCUAUUGGACAAUGAAAGGAAAUUUGAUUUUGCUCUUUUAAAUGUCAUGCAAUAAAAUCAUUGUGCAAAAUUCAACUAACAACCAACAAGUGAACUGUCAUGAUAAUGGGUGUGUGGGUCUCACAUGCACGCACAUAUAAUGGGCUCUAGUUUAACAGACCUUACACAAUGGUAAAUCUAAGCGCAGGUGGUAGCACUAUAGGUUCAGGGGUGUGUCAGAAAUAUUUCUGCUAUUUUCAUAAUCAAAAUUAUCGGCGCACUUGCCGUUGGGGCGAAAGGGCUGGGUUUUUGAAUAAUCAGUGUGUAGAGGCUUGGCCCCUCACUGGCCAAUCAGAACCUGCUCCAUGGCGAAAUAUUUGGUUGCUUCAAGUUCUGUAUUUAGGGUCUUUUAUGUAUUGCCUUGGAAUCAACUCCAGUUACAAUGUUAGUUCAUUUUAUAGUUUGUUAAAUAAUAAAAUGUAUACCUGACUUUGCUAAAUACAUUAACUUGAACCCAUUUGCUGUGGCUUCAAUAGCAUUCACACUGCUUUAUCACGAGCCACUUUAUAUAAUGCUUAAAUACCCUACAUUACUCCUCUCACAUGUAUAUACUGUACUCCAUACCAUCUACUGCGUCUUGCCUAUGCCGUUCGGGCAUCACUCAUUCAUAUAUUUUUAUUUACAUAUUCUUAUUCAUUCCUUUAGACUUGUGUGUGUGUGUAUAAGGUAGUUGUGGUGAAAUUGUUAGGUUAUAUUACUUGUUAGAUAUUACUGCAUGGUUGGAACUAGAAGCACAAGCAUUUUGCUACACUCGCAUUAACAUUGCUAACCAUGUGUUUGUGACAAACUUGAUUUGUUUAGGGGCUGGGCCUCCUGUAAAUUGCGUUAUGGCUGAGCAUGGACAUGUUAAAAAUUGGCAAUGCCAAAAUUCAAUUAAUUGUUGAUAAGGUCAAGAAAGAGUGAAUAAUUUGAAGCAAGUUCAGAACAAAACAAAUUGAUUUCAAAUAGGCUAUGUCACGCUUACAGGCACCAUCAUUUCUCCCUGUGGGCAUAUAAUAUUAAAACAACGUGGAGGGUUUUACACACAUCCAAACUUUUAAAAGUAGCUGGACAAAAUCCACUGUAAAGAGAGAGGGAGAAUGUCCACUCACUGUUAUAGUGCUCCCAAAUAGGUCUGUUUUCUGAACUGAAUUGAAACCUUACAGAUCAGAUCUCAUUCAGAUUAGGGGUUUAAUGCACGUCCAAAAAAAGGGACCUGCAUGGUUAAAAUAAUGUGGGCCUGCCUACAGUGCAUAGAUCAAAUGGGAAUGUCAGCUCACUGUUUAACUCCUCUCAAACUUUAAUAACGCUUUGGUGAUGUUAAGAUUGAUUUCCAAGCGUUCUCAGGAGCCAAACCCUUUAUCGACAGUCUUGACUACUUCGCGAUUGCAUUGGGCAGGACAAAAAAUGUACUUAAUUGAGAGGAGGGGAGGCUAUGCUUGGUUAUUAACCAAGUAAAAUGAAAUGGGGGGAAAACAUUUUGUAUUUUUGUUUCUCAAUACGAUGUAUACAGGCACCAAAAGCACAUCAGGCUACUCUUGUUCCAUGUUCAUAUGGGCUGUAUUUCCACUGUAAAAAUUCAUGCCAUAACCAACCAUGUUACUGCUAAAACCUGCUUUUGAUUGGUCUUAACUAUCCCUGUCAAAGCUGCCUGAAAUUAGCACUUUGGAUCAUGUUUUUAAGGACACACCUAAAAUAUUUCCACCCGUCCCAUCUGAGCGCAAGCGAGCUGAUAUAACACGGGUAAAUUGCAUAACCUGCCGUUGGGCCUGGAAAAUGCUAGUGCGGCAGUUUUUACAUGAAGAAUUGACAAACUAUAAUACGUUUUUAUGCCUUAACGCCAGCUGAAAAUAGAGCCCUUAGUCUCUGGUAGACCCUGAAGUCCUAUUGAGUAGACCCUGGAGUCCUAUUGAGUAGACCCUGGAGUCCUAUUGAGUAGACCCUGAAGUCCUAUUGAGUAGACCCUGGAGUCCUAUUGAGUAGACCCUGGAGUCCUAUUGAGUAGACCCUGGAGUCCUAUUGAGUAGACCCUGGAGUCCUAUUGAGUAGACCCUGGAGUCCUAUUGAGUAGACCCUGGAGUCCUAUUGAGUAGACCCUGGAGUCCUAUUGAGUAGACCCUGGAGUCCUAUUGAGUAGACCCUGGAGUCCUAUUGAGUAGACCCUGGAGUCCUAUUGAGUAGACCCUGAAGUCCUAUUGAGUAGACCCUGGAGUCCUAUUGAGUAGACCCUGGAGUCCUAUUGAGUAGACCCUGGAGUCCUAUUGAGUAGACCCUGGAGUCCUAUUGAGUAGACCCUGGAGUCCUAUUGAGUAAAAUAAUCUGCACUUUGUUUGCACACCCCUUCCAUUGUGAAAAGCAAAUGGCUCGGUAACUUGUUAGCUCUUAACUUUGUUUGCAUGUAAAUAAAUAUUUUUUUCCUAGA